GAGCAAUAUCGUUCGCCGUGGGUAUUAGUGGGAGAGAGAGAGAGUUCCUUUGACGGUAGCUCAAGCUUCUUUCUUUUUAAUCGGGAAGUUUGGUAGUGGUGGUGGUGGUACUCUAGUUGCAAUGACAAAGAAGAAAACUCCACAGAUUCUCAAGACAGAUACGGCACAAAAACUUGCUGAGAAGUGGGUUGCCAACAUGUCCACGCCUGCAGAGGAUGAUCCUAUUGAGGCUCAACAAGAAGCUCGACCACCCAGGCUUGGACUUGGUGCUAAAGUGUCACGUCAAACGAAGCGUAGACCCUCGGACGACCCUCUUGACCAAAAACUACAAGCCAAGUUUGAUGCAGGGAGAAGAAAACAGGCAAGAGCUGAGGCCGAGUCCGCUGGUUCUAGCAAAAACACCGUUGAUGAGAGUGAGGAUGAUGAUGAUGAUGAUGAAUCAGAAAGCAAAAGCCAAGCAUUCGGAAAGAAAAGACAAAACAAAAGUACGCCUCGUUAGUAUUUUCUGAUGUAGUAUACUUCAAAUCAUGAGCUUGUUUUUAUUUGGUUACAUUGUUGGCGAAGAGCUAAAAACCUUAUAAUUUCAAAUCUAUUGGAACAUGAUUGAAUUAUUUUUGGGUUAGA